UUCGGCAUCUUAAUUACUCCCUCCCCGUCGCCAUGGAAUCGAGUGACGUCACCAGCAGCUUCCACUAUUUCUCCAACUCUUCUAAUUCCUCGCCCACGUCUUCGUCUCCCAACUCCUCCCCGCCGGCGCCGGCGGCGGUGGUCCACAGCCCCUGCGCCGCCUGCAAGAUCCUCCGCCGUCGGUGCGCCGACAAGUGCCUGCUCGCGCCUUAUUUCCCGCCGACGGAGCCGCUCAAAUUCACCACCGCGCACCGCGUCUUCGGCGCCAGCAAUAUCAUCAAACUCUUGCAGGAUUUGCCAGAGAGCCAAAGGGCGGACGCAGUAAGCAGCAUGGUGUACGAAGCGAGUGCCCGGAUUCGAGAUCCGGUGUACGGUUGCGCCGGCGCAAUAUGCCACCUUCAGAAGCAAGUCAGCGAUCUUCAGGCUCAGCUGGCCCGGACACAGGCCGAGCUCAUCAACCUCCAAGCUCAGAACAAGAAUUUGCUCGCCUUGAUUUACAUGGAAAUGGAGAAAGAUCGUCAGUACUCUCCACCACUCGAUCCCAAUUGCAUGUUUCAGGUUCAGAACGAUGAUGCUAAUUGUUACUUACUCGACGACAUCAGCCAGGGCUACGUUUUUGUCGACUCCUCAGGAUGUGAACCGUGGUUGGAUAUAUAGAUUUCGAUUAAUUAAUUAAUUAUCAACAUCAAGGUGUUAGCGAUAAUUGAUUAAUGGUUAACUAUAUAUAUAUAUAUCGUUUAAUCUAAAUCCUAGCUAGUUAAUUAAUUAAGCAGCUUCUAAUCAAUAAUUGGAAUAAUUAAUGAUUCAGUACAAGGAAAUGGACGAAGUCUAUUUAUAUGAGAGGCUUGAUUAAUUGUGGGAUCUUUUUAUUGUAUCAUUCUGAGUGAUUAAUGUUAACAUUUUUUUUUCUGCCUUUGACUUCCUCA